AUGCGAACCACGCGAAUUGUUAUUCUCGCGAUCUUCUUUACCGCUACCCUCUUCGUCCUCUUUCGAGCCGUAUUCGUUGCCGCUACCCGAUCCUCAAAUGUCGUUCGUCCGAAACCCGGAAGUUCUCACAAGUCCAUUCUAGGACUCGUCUACUACAACCCUCCCUUCUCCCUCUUCCAGCCCAAUGCCGCCAUCAGCUUGACGGAUGACAACAGCACGUCGUUUGCUGCGCGCCCUGCCGCAUUCGGCCCGCAGCUGGCAGCCCAUGGGCUGAGUGGACAGCUCUGGGUUGGCAGCGGAUUUGCUGAGGACAGCCUCGAGUCUCAUGGCGAGCUUGGCUGCAGCGAUAUACCUGGCUGGGAGGGUGGCGCCAGCCCCCAAGCAAUGCUCAAGUCCUCCAUAAAAUCAGUGGUGUCGCAUCACUCGCCUGCCGAAAGCAAACCCGGUGCAACUAAGAAGGGCAGUCACAGUACCCCCGAAGAAAUCGAAUCAGACAACCGUACGCCUAAAUAUCCGCGGGCUGUCGAUGACGGCACCGACAACUAUCUUCACGAGACAGUCCGCAGCUCCCUCGCCCGACGGGACGCUUCAGCAUCAUCCCACGCCGAUAUUCAGUCUAUGCAAGAAUCUGCAGAAAUCGAGGGUAAAGUAGUGCUGUUGAUGCGUGGAGGCUGCGGGUUCUUGGAAAAGGUCAUGUGGGCACAGCGCAGAGGCGCUAUUGCUGUCAUUGUUGGCGAUAACCAGCGAGGCGGUCCGCUCGUAAACAUGUUUGCCAGAGGCGAGGAUGCGGAAAAUGUCACCAUUCCGUCCGUGUUCACCGCGCGAACCACCGCUCAACUCCUAUCCUCUCUCACACAGCCCGGCAGCUUCAUCGAGGAUAGCAUUGACGAAGGCGGAAAUCCGGUAUUAAAGGUCCAGAAGGGCGUGAAGUCUCCCACGAAGAAGACCACAGAGAAGACGAAAUCGGCUGCUCAAAUCAAGGCGAAAUCGGCCGUAACGUCGAGCAGGCUGUCCAGCCGUGCUACCAAGGGGCCCGCACCUGAAACCAAGGAUGACCGAAGCUGGCUUUCCCGCCUGCUUGGCCUCGGAGCGAGCUCGCGCCGUGCUACCACCGACUCUCCAGCUGGUCUUGGUAAACUAGAGUGGGUGAUAGUUGAUGAAUGGGACAACGAAAAUGACAAGAAAAUUUCGGACAACAUCAAGAGCAAUAAAAAGCAGCCGCACAAGCCAACCAAGGCAGUGGGAGACGAAUUUCGCAUUGGGGUCCAGGACUGGCGUGAUCCAGAUCUGGUUGACAAGUCGCGCUCGGGCGAGAAAUCCAAUACUGCCCUCUCUGAUUCCCGAAAGGCAGAAGGCAAACAUACCAGCAAGCCUUCGGUCAAAGAUUCAUCAUCAAAUGCUGAUGCAGACCCGCCGGAAAAGUCUGGCAAGGGUCGUGGCCUCUUCACAAAGAUGUUUGGUGAAGAUGAACCAGAUGAGGGCAGCGAGAUUCCGGCAGCUGAAGUGGACGAUGGGAAAGGCGAGCCUCCGAAACACGGUGAACCAACCCCCGAACCUCAUCACGGCCUCUGGGUAACAAUCACGCCAAACAGCGGCACGAGCCCCUUCUUCGACACUUUGCUCGUUCUUGUCGUCAGCCCCCUCGUCACCCUCAGCGUCGUUUACGCGUUGUUGAUCUUGCGAGCGCGCAUUCGUCGCCGACGCUGGCGCGCCCCGAAAUCUGUCGUCGAGCGCUUACCGGUGCGCACCUAUCACACCGUAGCAGCUACACCGAGUCUCUCGCCACAGACGUCCUCGCCUUCCAACUCAUCGCCCACCACCCCCUUGCUUCAGCAUAGCCCGUCGCGGCCCAGACCUCGCUCACGCACGACUACUGGCGUUCCCGAAAGUGAAAAUCUCACCGUCCCCAGUGCGUCCAUCCCGACUGCCUCAAGCGGGUCCCGAAACCGCACUGGAAACGAGCAUGAAAAGGGAUCCAGCGGCUUCUCUGCUGAAUGGCGCAAGUACAUGGGGCGGCAGGUCGAGUGUGUCGUUUGUCUGGAGGAGUAUGUAGACGGCGUCAGUCGCGUGAUGAGUCUUCCUUGUGGUCACGAAUUUCACGCCGAGUGCAUUACCCCUUGGCUCACAACUCGGCGCCGCACCUGUCCCAUCUGCAAAGGCGACGUUGUCCGCUCUCUGGCCCAUUCAUCCCGUUCCAUGCCGCGAUACGAGCCAUACCGUGAGGACAGCGACGACGAUGCCGCCGCCUCUUCGAGCUUAACAUCCGAUGUUGAGCAGGGCGUCAACCAAUCGACCUCGCGAAAUGGCCAGAGCUCCUCUCGUGGCGAUGGCUGGUUUGGCGCCUUCUCUCAAAGCCUAAGUAAUGGUUGGCAGCGCGUGCCGUCAAGAUCACCAUCUCCGGCCCCUCGUCGACAAAAUCCCGACCCCUAG